UUUUUAAAAUUUGAAUACGUUUCCUCCAUCUGUAGCAUGACCUCUCUACGGAUUUGCCAGGCCGUUUCGCUGAAUCCCAGUGCCCUUGGGCCGGAAUCCGUACCAACGCAGUCCUCCUCCAGGAUCUGCCUAAUGGGCUGCCAGGGUGUGAAGCCCAAUGAAUUGCGUCGUUUUCCAGUGCACGAUGCCGAUCGCUGCAAUCAUUGGCUGCGCCACUUCGGAGUCAGCGAUAAACUGGUAGAUCAACUCGGCGGCCUCCAAAAGCUGCGCAUCUGUUUCAGGCAUUUCAGCCAACGCCAGGAGAUGGCCAAAACCCGCAUCAAGAUGACGCCGCUGCGCAAGUCCUCGGCCUCCAAGGGCACAGUAAUGUCCAGCAAUGGAGGGACCGUCAUAAGAGGAGGUGGGACAGGAGCAGGGAGCGGAGCUGUCAAGUCGGCGGUGGCCAGCACAACCAUUGAACUUGUGAAGAGCCCCACCAGACAUCUGGAGAAGACCAACCAGGCCAAGAAGCCCAUUAGCAACAGUAUGCCCUUGCCCCAGCGUUCCCACUCCAUCAGCUCAUCGGCCUCUAGCGACGUACAGUCCAUAAACUCCGACUCCGACUCGAUACCACUAUCAGCCUUAGAAGAGUCCCAGAACGGACUAAGCCGUUUGGAGAACGGUCAAACCAAGAAGAGGAAGCUCUACUUGAUCACCGAGAAAUCAGAUGAGACCAAGGGCCAUACACCGGAGAUCAAUGGACAACAGAAAAAGCGCAAGAUGUUCGUGGUUGUGGAGCAGGAUAAAGAAGCAACUGGCAAAAAACUGAUGAUUAUGACCGACAAGCCGCAGGCCAAUCUCACCCAGCACUUGGAGAAACUACUGCCUGAGAUAUUGAAUCGCAUUCAGGUCAAGGAACAGAAGCAAAUCAAUCCAACUCCGUUGGUGGUGAAAUCCAAGCCAGUGAUUAAUAACACUAGGCCACACAUAACAUUGCCGCCCAAGAAGAAUCCCACUAACUUUGUCAAGGUCACGCCCACUCCAAGUCCAGUACCUUCGCCCAUCCCGAUGCCAAUUCCAAUUCCGAGUACCAAAAUCGUAAACACCGAGAACUUGGAAGAGAAAAUGAAUUCAGAGGACAUAGAGACGAACAUAAACUUAUCGCCCGAUUUCCGGUUUCUUAUGAAAAUCCUUCCUAAAUUGGAACAACUGCCCGAGCCACAUAAGCAGAACGUCAAGCGUUCCAUACAGAUCUUCGUGGAGAAAAGUUACAGUAUCUACGGCAAUAAGAAUUAGUUACCAGUAUUUUAACGCCGAUAUAAUUUCCAUUUCAUGUGAAAAAGUUCCCUUUGUUUUCGAAAGAAUCGUACAUAUGAAAAGCAUUUCAUUACAUUGUCUAAGACUGAAGCAGAAACCAAUUUAAUUUGUAAGCCAAGCUGAAGCAGCUCCCCCUUUAGAUGUGUAAGACAAUCCAAAAUUCGAUAUUACCCCUGGAGGAUAUGGGUACAUUUUGAAAGAGUUAAGCCAUAAAACGAAUUACCAAUAAUGAAACCUUUUCUACAUAUAUU